AUAUCAGUGAUCAUGUGAUUGGAGUAAGGUAUUGGCUGUGUUCAGGGCAGUAGGAUUCACAUUACAUGCACAUUCUCAAAGGGAGAGAGAGAGAGAGCAGUGUGUGUGAAUUAAAACCAAGGACUACACUUAGAGGAAUUUACUAAGCUGAAACAAAAACAAUUUUUUGACCAAAAAAGGAGCAUAAACUGCGGAAAGAUACGAAGUCGAAAAGCCGACUCUUUCUGGGACUGGAGUUUGCUCAAGAUGCUCAUGUUUGACUGUCUGCCUGGAAAGCAAAAUCCCAUGGAUCCAGCUUCAAUGCCGUUCCCACAUCUGGGGCGCCUAAAGCAUGAUAUUAAAUCUGAGAACAAGAACAACAUCACUUACUCCUUACACCCUGGCUCCCACAUUGGACUUCUUCAAUCGCUUGAGACCAAUGCAGGUCAAAUCGAGCCAGUAGAUCUCUCACUGAACAAGAAACAUUCUCCGCGUAUGUCAAGUUCCCCUUCCUCACCGUACUCAUUGACUGUGCUAUCUUCGACAUCUCCUACGAUGAAUGUAUCUCGUUCAGGCUCACCUAAUAAGAGGUCACCUCAGCCGCCUAACAGCAUGCCAUUAACCAGCCCCACUGUGCUGACGAGCCACCUAUUAUCUCGAUCAACCAUUCCAGGCUCAGGAUUGUACCCCGUGAUUCACCCAGUGGUGGUACAACCUGUCGUAUAUACUCAGCCUAUAAUGGUUCCCACUAUGUUAAAGGACGAGAUGAGGAAUAAUCAGCAAGGUUUUCCGAUGCAGUGUGCGAUACCUGGUCCCCGAUAUCUCCCUAGGCAGCAGCAUCCGCAGUUUUGUAGACAUUCAAGAGGAGUUCAGAUCUUCGACUCAGAUGAUCAAAGAGAUAUGGUGAUGAAAGCAAUGAAUCACAAGCAGGAGUAUGAACUGUUAGAUAACUGCAUCAACGAGGUGUCGUCUUCAGUUGUCAGUCCCAUUCAGCCAGUCCCGUCGCACGAGAGUCAUACUCCUUCAGUUAUCGUACAUACUGCUGGAAGACCACAUCCUAUUGAGUCACCAGAUACUCAAAGGAAACGUCGUAUACACAGAUGUGACUUUGAGGGAUGUAAUAAAGUAUACACAAAGAGUUCACACCUCAAGGCACAUAGGCGGACACAUACAGGUGAGAAACCCUACAAGUGUACUUGGGAAGGAUGCACGUGGAAGUUUGCCCGCUCGGAUGAGUUGACCAGGCACUACCGGAAGCACACAGGCAUCAAACCUUUCCAGUGCCCUGACUGUGACCGCAGCUUCUCUCGCUCAGACCACCUUGCCCUGCACAGAAAGCGUCACAUGCUGGUCUGAGUCUCUCACUGUUCACAAUGUAAUCCAGAUCAGAUGCAAACUAUUCACAUAAUUUUUCUUAACCAAGAUUCAGCUGGGCUGAAUCCUUCAACAGAUGAACACUUCCAUGCUCUCAGCACCUGAAACACAAACAGAACUCAUUUGCUAUGUGCAGGAGUCAUGGUUAACAAUAAGGAUGACUUUAUAUUAGUGCGUAACAUUCCCCACUUUAUCGCCUCAUCAGUUCAUUGAAAUUGUCAGAAUUUCUUCUGAUUAAUAGGCCUUAAUGUUCUUGCCAGAGAGAUUCUUUCAUCACCAUAGAAUGCUGCUCUUUGCUAUAUCCUCCACCAAAACUACAUCCUAUCUAAAGCGGAUUAUAUUGUCAAAAAACAUUGUCAGUGCUAUCUCUUUAUUGUGCAGAGAUUGGUUUGUGCUUCGAAUUAUAAUAUUUUUACUGUGAGGGUGGAGGACGUCAUAAAAUUCAAUCCCUAACAACUGUGAAAGGAGAAAAGACUUCAAGAUACAAUCGGAGUUCCUCCAGUAUUUUGAGCGUGUUGCUCAAAAAUUCCAGCAUCUGCAGAAAUCUCUUCUGUCUUCGUUGGAGGAAAUCUGCUCACUAUGACCUUUAUUGCCAUGUAGCCAAAUAUCCAGUGACAUUUCUUCAGUAUUUUUGUUGAAGGUGAACUCCAUUCAGUGGUUAAAUUUGUAUUUCAGUAUCAACUCAAGCCAGUUCACGAAGUUAAGCACCAAAGAUACGUCAGCAAUAACUUCUCUUCAUAUUGGCCCACAUGUGAAGCUAUCAGAAAUUUCAUCCGUCAGAAGGCACAAUUACCAUUUUCUCAAGACUUACAACAAUGAUUCUGAAAUUUCAUAAAGGAAGAAGAAGAAGAAAAGUCAAUCCUUUGCACCUGAGGUUAUAAACAAGUGGUUCAGGAACAUAGUAAUGCUCCUCUACCUUUUCAUUGUUGAUUGGAUCACAUAUUUUUACUUUUCAGAUUUCUUUUCACCAACAUAAGAAAGUGGGUAAACACAAAUGAAAAAGUUCACAGAACAAAUUGAUAAAAAUAACAAAAAAAAUCUAAAUGUUCAAUCUCUACCAGUCACUUGUAAAACUUCCAGUAAAUUUUACACUGAUUUGCCAAAAUUUUCUUCCUUAUAACCCAAAUAAUUCAAAAAGUCUUGCAAUCACGUACUGAAUUUAACAAUAUUGACCUAAUUGUGAACAAUGGCAAAACAUCAAUUUACAUCAGCAAGCACAACUCUUUAGUCACCUGAGUGAGAAAGGAGGUUGUUUCAAUAUAUGUCUCAAAGAUUUUAGUUCUUAUUAUUAGUUAUUCUAACAGCAUAACACAUCUUUAAUUGUACAGCUAUUCCUGACAUAUUCCUAUGGUCAGUGGAAUGUACUGCUGGUUUCAUAAUGCACUAACCAAAUACAGCAUUUGGUCUAUUCCUGUAAACUGUAACCCAGAACAUCCUAAAGAAAUUAGGUAUAUUUGUUGAAAAGAAAAAUUGUGAAAAUCAGUGCAAGAAAAUACAAUCUGCCAAUAAGGCAUUUACUGCAACAUGUGUAAUAUCUUGCUUAAUUAUUUUAAGGUAUUGGGUUAAUAAUAUUAAGCUUUUCAAACAACAUCAAUUAGUUAACUCUUUGUUAAGUUUCUUUACUAUUGGACCAUUGCAUGUAGUUGUUAAAGUUUUAUGAGCACUCAUUGUAGCCAGUCAACAAAUUGAAUACUCUGAGCAUAUAAAUGGCAAAACUAGUUUUUCUACAUACCACUAGGACAGGUCUGUGUAACAUUACUGUUACAGUCACUAAAAUAUUUCAAAAUGGAGUGUAUUAAAAUCCAAUUUUUUCUUGUUACUUCCAUAUUUUGAGAAGAGAAUUUUAGCUGAAUUGGAAUGGCUUAUCAAAUUUAAUCACUACUAACAUUUCCAAUACAUUGAUUGGCAUAUUUUUCAUUUAAACUUUUAAAUGAGCAAGACACACAAUGAUAAACCAUUAUGACAUAUUAAGAUAAGUUUCAAUUACCUAUGAAAAUAUGUUUGUAAGCCACACAUUGCUGACGUCCUCAGCCAUAAAUCUUAGCUUUUAAAAUACACAUCUUGAAUUAUUUCCCUAUACUUAGAGACUGAAAUAAGUAGUUAUCAGCAUGCUAGGUUUCAGUUCAGCUCCAUGAUUUGGGAAAACAUUUCCUGUAAGAUAUGCAUUGUGACUCCUGCAGCAGAUUGGAAUAUGUAUUUAAUGCAAUUCAAUCUACCAUAUUCCAUAGAUUAUAUUCUUGCAAUUUGAAAUGGAUUCAUUUAUACAGGCCUCCGAUGUUGUUUAAAGCAUUGACUGAGUCCAGAAAAGAAGGUAAAUAAGUCAGUCUCCAAUUGGUACAGAGUUAGUUAAUCCCAGCCCAGAUGCUCCUGAUAACAAUCUGUCUCUGAAAAAAAUAAAAGUUGCAGGACUUUCUUUUGGCAAUCAAAAUCAAUAACUUGCUACAAUAAAGCAGAUGUACAUGUGGCUCUCAGGGAAGGACAUGGCUGUGAAGUUGUCAAUGAUUAAGUGGGCCUGCACUAUCCUAUGGUCGCAGGUGAACAUUAACUGAUCAUUAAAUAACUCAGGGAGAGUAUAGAGGUAUCUCGAUCCAUGGACUGCAACCCAACAGCAAGCCAAUCAGUUCAGGGGCAGAACUGGAGCUAGAGUAGUUUCUUUUUCUCUCACUUCAUUUUGGUUGAAAAUUGGGUUUUUAAAUUUAUCAUCUUGGUAAAGUUAAGCUUUCUACAGGGAAGAUCAGAACUUCACCACAUAGAAAAUCAGAUCCAAGGGGAUCAAUAUUCAUCUUUAGUUGUUUUCACUAAUAUAAUAGUGCCUUUGGAUUAAAAUCUGUGUUAGUGCAAGUGACCAGAGGUGAAUUUUUACCCUCUCUAUAGUGUUUAUAAUUUCAACCAACAUGUGGAUGCAGAGAAGAAGUAAACGUUUAGAUGAUCAAAUCAGUAGAUUGAGAGUAGGUCAUGGCUGAUAGGAAUGUCUGUCUGGAAUAGAAUUACAGGUAACGCUCUGCUUCAGGGGCACAAGAUGUUACAUUCUGUGCAAUAGGACAAGAAUAGUAGAAACCAGUAGUUCACAUAUAACUUGGUAAAAUGUUGCUAAAAAUUUAAAAAUGUGAGCACAACACCUUGUGGCAGCUGGCCUGCCUUAUGGACAGUAGUCAUACAUAUUCUAUGUUUCAUAUUAAAGAGUGAACUAUUUCCUGUAAGGAAGCUGUGUGGGUGAUAUGUUGAAGAAUUUAAAAUAAAAUGCACUUGAAAAUGGGUGUAAUCAGGUAAUGUUCACAACAUGAAUAAUAAUCUGGGAGUAUUUUUUGGAGAGGAGAUAUAAAAAUAAAUUGCCUCUCUGCUUUAAAAAUAAAUAAUAAAGCAGAAAGAGUUUUAAAAGACUACGAAGUGCACAUAAUGUGCUGUGUCAUAGACUGAGAUGGGAAGGAGGAUUUGGAUGCAUACACAGUUUGAAUCUAUUCUUCUCAUCUUAGACAUCUAAAAUGUGAAUUUUUAUUAUUUUUUGAGGGGAACAUACAUUUUGGUUUAGAAUUUGGUUUUGGGAUAAUAGUUAGAGAAGCU